AUGGGCUUUUUCGACCACCUCCAGAAAGGAGGAGCCUUCUCUCUGAAGCCGCAGAAGAACCAGGUUCGCAAAGUCGUUCAAACGCGACCGGCAGCCCCAAAAUCAGCACCCCAGACCCCCGUCGCACGAUCACCUCGAGCCCUUUCUUCGUCAGAACGCUCUCGACCGACGAGCAACCUCAAGGCCCGAUCUGUCUCGAGUGACCCGGAUGCACGCCCCUCCAAGCGAAGCACUCCAACGCGCGUGCGAAAGCGUCCAACCCCCGAACAGCGACUGUCCAGUGACGAUGACGCCAGCGACAGUGAUACCUCUUUCGAAGUGCGCAAGCGCGCAAGAACCAGCGCCAGUGCGGAACCUGAUCCGGAACGUCGUGUGCGUUCGGUGAAGGCAUUUUCGGAGGAAGGAACCAGGCCUUUCAAGAUGGUGCAUGCCAUUGAUAUCACGUCUGUUCAGAAAGCAGGCAAGUUCAAGCCGGCUUUCGGGGCUGAGAAGUCCCGGGAGAUUCUUCUCCAGUACCCGAGCGCCUCGCAAAAAGAAAAGUAUGGACAUUGCGUGACCAAAAUUUAUUCAAAUGUACUGACAAAUUUUCUUUCCUCUUUUUACAGAUUUGACUGUGUCGUUCCUCGGGACAAUGAGGAUUUCCGCCCCAUCGACGAUAUCGUUCAAGUCAUCGAGACCGUUUCCGAUAAUUAUAUCCCGAGUGAAGAAGCGGACGAGUUCAACAACGAGACAACUGGAAUUAAACGGAGGUUGCGCAGAGGAUUGGCUGUUGCUUCGGAGACCCAAUUUCGCGAGGCGGUGGAUGAUUACAAUAAGGCGAUCACGCGAUUGAGGAACAGCGGUAGCCUUGCGAAGCAUCUGGACGCUACACAGCGUAUUAGUCUGCCCUGGGUGGAGCGCAUUCUCACCCAGACAUAUGCACGCACUGUGUCCCCUCGCGUUGAGUCCCUUCGACAAUAUGAGAAUGGUACAGAUAAUGUAUAUGGCGAGCUUCUUCCCCGAUUCAUCAGCACCAUCUUCAAGGAAACGAAGCUCAAAUCCGGCCAAGUUUUUGUUGAUCUUGGAUCCGGUGUCGGAAACGUUGUCCUCCAAGCGGCCCUCGAAAUUGGGUGUGAAAGCUGGGGCUGUGAAAUGAUGAGCAACGCGUGUGAUUUGGCGGACUUGCAGCAGUCCGAAUUCAAGGCCCGAUGUCGACUUUGGGGUAUUACCCCUGGCAAAACGCAUCUCGUCCGCGGUGACUUUCUGGAGCAAGAGAGCAUCAUCAGCGUUCUCAAGCGAGCUGAUGUGAUUCUCAUCAACAACCAAGCUUUCACGCCGCAGCUCAACAACGAGUUGAUCAAUCAUUUCUUGGAUAUGAAAGAAGGAUGCCGCAUUGUCUCCUUAAAAUCCUUCGUUCCCGCUGGCCAUAAGAUCCAGUCUCGCAAUCUCAACUCUCCUAUCAACCUACUUCAGGUUCAACAAAAGAACUACUGGUCUAACAGUGUCAGCUGGACCGAUGUUGGUGGCACCUACUUCAUUGCUACCAAGGAUAGUUCCCGCUUGAGAGCAUUCAUGGAUAGCACUCUAUGA